UGUGCUGAAAUAUUUGUGCUUCCUUUUAAUCCAGAUCUGAAGCAUCUUUAAAUUUCCAAUUGUAUAUUAAUAGGGAGAUUUUCUGUAACUUCCUCUUUGUGUGUGUGCGUGUGUGAUUGACAUCAGGGCCUGGCGCGCGCUGGGCAAGCGCUCUGCCGGUGCGCUCCAUCGCAACCUUCCUUAUUCUGUUUGGUGGAUGAUGUAGUCCUCUGCAUCAUCUCUGCCUUCCAAGUCGCGCUGACCUUUAUGUUGUGACUUGGUUCUAUGCGUGAACGGAAAGCGGAGGCCAUCUGUUCUCAGUUCAGAUGCACAAAGGUGCAUUUCACGCACGGCAUUGAAGGUAACUGCUGAUGGUCUGAACACUGCCGCCGGCCGUGCCGCUUCCCCGUCUCAGCUGGAGCUGCUGCAGGCGCUCACUCAUAUCCACUUCCCAAAUCCACGGCGGGAAGACCCGCGCCCGCACUGCCGCAGAUGGACCCUGGCAGCGGGGGCGUCAGGGUCUAGGGGGACUACACCACGAGCAGUGCGCACGAGAAGCUGGUGUGAUAAUGCUGGCCUCUCACACGAGUGGGUGCGCCCAGGCCGGUCCCCUCGCGGGUUCCUCCUCCCUGCUGUGCGCACCUGGGGGGCAUAUCCGCCGAUCCCCAGGCGUGCGGGGAGCGGCCAAGAGAUAAGGAAAGUGGCCAGCGUGGUGAUAAGGAGCCAACGCCCCAGGGCGCUUGCACACACGCGCCCGGCUGAAGGGAACGGUAACCGCAGGCGCGGCUGGCACAGGCCCCAGGCAGCCACCGCGGCUCCGGGCCCCCGCGGCGUGCGAGGCGAGCUCCGCCGGAGCGCAGCCCCUGGCCCAAGCCCUGCCGAGCUCGGCCCGCGGCCCGCGCUCCGGCGCCCGCCUUGCAAGUCUGCGGGCUGCGGACCGAGCCCGCCCCCGCCGGCUGGGGCUGAAGCUCGAUCUCCCACCUCGGCACCUCCUGCCCGUCCGCCUCCGCCCCCGCACCCCCUCCACACGCGCACACGCCGCCGCCAGAGGACGCGCCCCUCUGGGGGAGCCGGGGCUCCCGUCCCCUCCUCCCCUUCCCCGCUCGGCUCGCGGUUUCACUGCAGCGGCGGGAGCUGACGGCGGCGCCUCAGCCUCCGCCUCGGCUGCUGUCGGAUCCCGGGCUCCCCUCGUCCGAGGCGGGUCCCCGAGGAAGUGAGCACAGCCGCAGAUAACCACACUGUAAGAUGUAGAGGUCCUGCGCUGCAGCCCCGCAGCCCAGCGCGGGCCCCAGGACGGGGGCAGCGCCUGGGAAGUUGGGACCGGAGAGCGGGGGAGGGGAGCGGUGCAGCCGGCGGCUCUUCUGGAAGCAGGGAGUCGCCGGGAGCCCUGCGGUUGGACACAAGUUUGCGUAAGAGUGUUUUCCUUUUGUCAAUAAUUAAUCACUGGACUCAGUCUGGCAGAAUUGGAGUUUUAGCAAUAAUGCAGAAGGCGGGGCUGAGCACCUAAGUCUGGGAGUCUCUGGGUGCCCCGGGAGAGAGCAGCUCAGGACCGCUGGGGAGGAGCCAGAGCAUCCGCGCUCGCCGCAGCCGCGGGGAAGUGCCCGCAACCUGGAGGGUGGACUUUCUACAGCUUGAAGGAGCAUUGUGAGCAUGGAUUUCAGGCGUGUGAAAGAAUAUUUCUCUUGGCUCUACUAUCAAUACCAAAUCAUUACAUGCUGUGCUGUCUUGGAGCCCUGGGAGCAAUCCAUGUUCAACACUGUUGUAUUAACCAUCUUUGCCAUGGUGGUGUACACUGCCUAUGUCUUCAUCCCGAUCCACAUUCGCCUGGCUUGGGAAUUUUUCUCAAAAAUAUGUGGCUAUCACAGUACAAUAUCCAGUUGAUCUGAUUUGCACUCUGUGAAAUGGCAUUGCACAUUUAUGUUGCGUACAACUUCUUGAUUUAGGUGACUACUAUGCCAUCUUUCACUCUCUGGCCAGAAAAGCAUUCUUCUCUAUGCACUCUUACAUACUGCCUGGAGUUUUAGAUAAAUGUCUCUCUUGUUUCUUUUGUACAUGCUACAUUGUGCUUCAGACUAUAGAAAAUGCAAUGCCUUUACCUCACACACCAUGUUCACUCAAUGAGACUCUGUCACUUUAUUUUUUUUAAUUAGGAUGGCUUCAUACAAAUUUUUUUCUGGAAAAUAAAUUCAUAAGAGACCCUACCAGAAUCCCAAUAAAAUUCUCCCUUGACAUCUAUUCUAUACUGAAGGAUAUACUACCAAAAAGAAAAAAAUCCUUCGUAGGCUACUGUCAAAAGUAUCCUAUCCUUGUUUACAAUGUAUAAAAAGAUGUGAAUAAAUUAUGUUGACCCAUUAAAGUCUUAUUUUCUAGUAAACUGCUAAUACCUACAAUUAUUUUACUUCUUUUAAUUAAAUUUACUUAAAAUUCUUUUACCUAAAUGCAAAAGAGCAAGCUGGGGGAAAUUAUCAUCUUUCAGAUAUGGUUCAUAAGUUGCUUCCAAUAUUUAAAAUCAACAAUGUUCAUUUUAGAUAAGCAUUAUCAUGCAUAAUAAGGAACAAAAUAUAAUCAAAGUAAACUCAGAUAUUGUGACUUCCGAUGUUGCUUUGCCUUUGCAUGAUGCUGGAGGGCUGGAGAGAGAAAAAAUUGUUUCUUUUCUAUGCUUUCACUCAGUGCAGAAAAAAAAGCAUGUAUUGAGGACAGGAAGAAAAGCUAAUAAAUAGGCUGGAAGUAACGGUCUACCAGCAGGAACGCAACAGCUCCGGUUAAACGCUUUGAUACAGUGGCUCCUUUGCAGAGCAGCAAUAAAACUUAUUAAAUUUCCUUCAAAAUGUUUAUCUUAAAAGCAAAUAUGUUUUUAAUUAUACUGCUGAAUCAAAUGUGAAUGCCAAAGACCAAGCCUUGCAGCUUUUCUUUCCUCUUAAUAAAUAUUGUCAGUAAUUCUGGAGGGGAGUAAUACAAACUGGGUUGGGACAAUAUUUGUGCCUUUGUUUUUUUUAGGAAAAAAAAAUCCGAGAGCUAGAAAGAAACAGGUUUGGCAUGCCAAAUUCACUUGCAUGUUUGGUAAAAAGCUAACAAACACAUGUUUUGAAGAGAAAUCAAGUCUGAAUAUGUUUUUGUUGACUUUUGCAAAAUAAAAUUAAGUUUAAUUUUAUAAGUAAAAUAUUCGCUCUAGAUUUGCUUUUACCUUAUGUUAUACUAUUUACCUAGGUAUCCGUCACAUCCCCUCAAUUUAUCUCUUACUAGUGUAAUGCUCACUGAUCUUAGAAUGGUAGAGUAAAACCAGCAUUUACCAAGGCACUUCUCCAUGCAAACACAUUCCCCAUGUUGAAGUGGGUAUUGAGGUCUCCCACUGACAGCUAAGGACCCUAAGAAAAAGUUACAUUUCUUCUUCAUCGUCCAUUAGGUGCUAACAGCAUAGCAAGGAUGCAAAGCCAGGUCAAGACCACACUGGGGCAAAUAUUUGCCACAUGGAAGCCCAUGAGAAGACAGCAGGAAAAGGAAAAGCAACAGGAUGGAGGGUACCAACGUGUCACCAAUUCUGUUUUCAGAAUCCCAUCAAAUGAGAAGGGUAGAGCACGGAGGAUGGCCGAGGUUGGAUGAACAGGCCCAGAUCCCAGUGCCACCUUCACUGCUAUACCUACCGACCCAUUUGCUUGCUGCUGACCCGUUUCUAUGCCUCCUAAGCCCACACGCCUACCGUGAAUGCUUGCUGCCGCUUUUAAGUACUUAAAAGAAGAUUCUCAGUGAAGCACGAAUUUGAAUGCCUUCCCACCUCACAAUGAUCCAACACCUCUAUGCACCUGCCCCCUGCUAAGUACUCUUGGAAUAUAAUUACUUAGAUACUGCUUGAUCUUUUCAAAAUCCUCCUUCUAAAAAUAAACACGAAUAGAUACAGUACAGAUUAAUAGGGGAUUAUCGCAAUGCACUGUUUAAAGACCACCAUCACCGCUGAAUAAUCAAAAAUAAUAAAGACUACAAAAAUAUAAUCAAACAUAGUUUGAAAAAAAACUAGAAAUGUGCGCCAGGAAAGAAAAGAAAACUCUCCCUGGCCGCCCUGUUCUGUUGAUUUUCUAAACUUGGCAGAGAUUCCCUGUCCCUUGACCGCAGAUCUCCCAGGUUAGAAACACUGUUUAAGUACUUUUCCUUUGCUUCUAUUAGUUGGCUAUUUCAAUGGUGUGUAUCCAACCUUAAAAACAAUAAAAUCCAAAAGUUCCAUG